UGCAGGCUGUGCCUUGCGCUUCGCCCUGAUUGUUGCGGUUCCCAUGACUCUCCAGCCCCUCCUCUGGCUCCCAGCGUUGGAGGCUGAGCCCUUUGGCCCAACAGCCUGCUCUGAAGUGUCAAUACGCCACCAGGACGCCGGCUUGCAGGGUCAGCAUGGUUUCCAGGCAGUGCAUGGCUUUGCUGCUCUGCUUCCCGCUGCUUGUUCCUCCUUCUCUGGAAGCAGUCUUUUUAAAGCAGGAAGAGGCAAACAGCAUUUUUCAAAGGCGCAGAAGAGCCAAUAGCUUCUUUGAAGAGAUAAAGCUGGGGUCACUAGAGCGAGAAUGCAUCGAAGAAAAGUGUUCAUUUGAGGAAGCAAGAGAGAUCUACCGUGAUGAUGAGAGGACAAAAGAGUUCUGGCACAUCUAUUCUGACCCCAACCAGUGUGACUCCAGCCCCUGUCAGAACGGAGGGAUCUGCGACGACCAGUUUCAGGAUUACGUCUGCCGCUGUCCUCCGGCGUAUGAGGGCAAAAGCUGUGAGACAGCCGUGGACAAGAACCUGAAGUGCAUUUACGACAACGGUGGCUGUGAGCAGUACUGUGCUGACCAGCAGUCUGAAAAACGAGUGUGCUUCUGUGCAGAGGGCUACACUUUAGCAAGUGAUGGCGUGUCCUGCAUUCCCCAAGUGAAAUACCCUUGUGGAAAAAUACCAGUGCUGGCAAAAAAGAAUGCAACUGCUCAGGGGAGAAUAGUAGGUGGUGUCACCUGUCCUCCAGGUGAAUGUCCAUGGCAAGCCCUUAUAAUACAGGAUCAGAAAGGGAAGUGUGGUGGUAGUCUGCUCUCGCCAGAAUGGGUGGUGACUGCAGCUCAUUGCCUGGAUUACACUCAUUCCAAACAGCUCCGGGUGAGGCUGGGUGAAUACUCAAUAAAAGUUGACGAGAAAACUGAGCAAGAAAGUGGAGUUAGCAAGAUCAUCAGACACGAAGAAUACACCAAUGGACAAGUCAAUCAUGACAUUGCCCUCCUGAAGCUGGAAACACCCGUGAAUCUCACCGAUUUCGUGGUGCCAAUCUGCUUGCCUGAAAAACGGUUUGCCAUGUACGAGCUGUCCUCCAUUAAGUUCUCAACGGUGAGCGGAUGGGGACGGCUACUAGAUGGAGGGGCUACUUCUACUUUUCUGAUGCGAGUGGAUUUGCCGCGUGUAAAGACACAAGAAUGUGAAAAGCAGGCCAAUUUAAACAUCACUGAGAAUAUGUUCUGUGCAGGAGACCUGACUGGCAAAAAGGAUUCCUGCAAAGGAGACAGUGGUGGACCUCACGCUACAAAGUACAAGAACACCUGGUUUCUGACUGGGAUUGUCAGCUGGGGAAAGGGUUGUGCUGUUGAAGGCAGCUAUGGGGUUUACACAAGAGUGUCCAGAUACAUCGACUGGUUGAAGAGGUACAUGGAAUGACAGCAGUGAACCACAGCAUUUCCCUUCCUUCAUCCCUCUGUGGCAUUUUUGUACUGAAGCAUUCCUCCAUUAACUUAGACACGUGGUAAAUGUGAUAUUGUUCACAAUUUUCAAUGAGCCUAAUGCCUGCCUGAAUACAUAAAAUAACUCUGA